AUGGUCGCCAUGAUAGAAAAGCGAACGGGGGAGAGUCCAAUGGACUUCGAAUGGCAAACCAGAGCUCCAGGAGAUGUCACUUCGCCAUUUUACCAGCUUGGAGCGCAGCAUGACAAGAAACGUUUGUAUCCCCGGAGAAGCGAUGGUCUGAACAAGGACGCCCGCAAUUUCAAGCUCUCUGACACUUGUAUAGGACCAUAUAGCGCAUUUGGAUCCCCGCAGAAGCAGUCACUACCGUCCCUCCGCGAACCAAAUUCUCAGCCCUUCCUGUUCUCACAGCCCCGACAACAAGCCGGACCACCGUCGCCAAAGGCCAAAUUUAGCCAACCGGCUUUCCAGACGCCACGCAAAUUUGAGGUGGAUUUUUCAUCAGGUGCCGAAAACAUGUCGUCUCCGGAAUUCGCCGACAAUGAGGAUACUCCUGAGCAGCCGUACAAGUCAGGGAAAGGAAUGCACGCCCUAUUCAACUUCCAUGCCCGCGCUCCGCAAAGUCCGGGGCGUGGCGAGAUCCCCCGCUUGACUCACCACUCCAACGCAGCUUUGCACCGGAUACAAAAGAAACGACGGAGAGACAAAGAACUCGGCCGACGAAUCAGAGUCGACAGCGAUGAUGAGAGCGAGCAAGACCGGCCGAGCAGCAAGGAUCAGAAGUUGAUGAAAGUCGCGAAACAAGGGAAAGUGCAGAGGUCCGAACAAGAGGAAUUAAGAGUGUCAUCCUGGUCUGAGUUCUUCAGCAUACUCGAGGCACACCCGAAUGUCCCUGCCAUUUUGUCAUGGUGGGCCCAGCUGGUGGUCAAUUUGGCGCUGUUCUCUCUUGCCGUAUAUCUGGUGUUUGGUUUUGUCUCAGCGAUUCGGGGCGAAUUCGAGCAGGCCGCGCAGGAAAUGUCCGAUACAAUCUUGGCAGACAUGGCGGUCUGCACGAAGAGCUACGUCGAUAACGACUGCGGCCGACCGAGUCGGGCACCAGCCCUGGAGACCAUCUGCGAGAACUGGGAACGCUGCAUGAACCGCGAUCCGGCGAGGGUCGGCCGUGCCAAGGUCUCCGCGCACACAAUGGCUAUCAUCAUUAACAGCUUCAUUGACCCCAUCAGCUGGAAGGCGAUUUUGUGCUUCCUUGCAACCAUCUCUACAGUCACAGUCGUUAGCAACUGGUCCUUCCGCUCAUUCAGACACCGUCUACAGCAACAGGACUAUGCGCAGAACCCACCUCAAGGCCCACGUAUGCACCCUCAGCUGCAACAUAACCCCUCGUUCGGAUACUAUACUGGGCAGGAAGAUUCUCGGCAAGCCCAAUCCCACGAGAAACAAGACCAGCCCCUGAUGAUUGAGAGCAGUAGGGCAAUAGACUUUGUCACUGAGCGCACUCGUGAGCGCGAACAGCACCUCCGGACACCCAGUCCAACGAAGCGCAGAUUUGCCUAA